AUGCUGAAUGAGAUGUCACAGUACGUGACAACGUCCAUUAUUACCAGGUGGACUCUGUAUUACUCUCAUGUCAGUCUAUUAGAGGCGGCGAAUGAGGCUAAUGGCUUAGGUCGCCCUAUGGAUCUGCCGAUACCACCGGCACCCCAACCGUUCCACCAACAGACGAAGCAUCAGGAAGUGGUUACCCGCCGUGGUGUAAGCAGGCGCAGAGGCAACUGUGGUCACCAGGAGUUGAACACUGGAAAUGCUACUAGGCUCGAUCAGGACACCAUUCGGGAAGCAGACCAGGGUCGCCGCAGGAGAACUUCGCGGACCCAGCAGCAGGAGGAGAAGAGCGAUCAGGAGAGCGAAAGUGAAACUCGGCGCCGUUCCAGCACCGACAAUUGGAAUCGGAGGGAGACGUUCGUGGAACAUUAUAUCAAGUUGACGGAGGCCAAUCGACCCUAUGUGAAUGCAAUGCGGCCGGCACGAGCAUCGGGGAGAGUACGCGGAGGCAACACGCAAGACUUGAGAGAAAUAUUUCUAUCGCAGCGAGUGAGCAGGCACCCCGUAGAGUUUGCGGUCAACAGACCACAACCUACCACGAGAGCGGCCGACGAGGAGAAAGCACUUUUUGCGUACAAACAGGAAGAUGACCGCAAACAGAUUCUACUCGACAACCACCCACUGGCAGACACACUACUUCCCGAUUUGGGUUUGGUCCGUCGAUACCUGUCAUCUUUAGAGUCUAUGACGGCACAGAAGUGCCCAACUGGUGAGCCAUGA